CACACUAGCAAAGGUGCUCCGCAGCUGAACAGCCGUGUUGCUGCGCCGCUCAGAGCAUGAGGUGGCUUGAUCCGCUCCUGGACCCGGAGAAGAAAAUGCCAAAUCUAGCUACGUAAGGGCAAGCAGUCUAAUCGUCAAGGAAAUGGCCACUUGCUUCUGUUCUUUUCUCCUCGGUUCCCUGGUGCCACUUUUGGUCUCAGGUGCAGCACUGCCGGCCCCUCAGAAUAUCACAAUUCUGUCCACAAACAUGAAGCAUUUUUUGGUAUGGAGUCGGCUAACAGUAUCCGGAGAAGCUGUCACAUACUCCGUUGAGUUUCAAGGAGAAUAUGAGAGGGACUACGCAAACGACAGCUGGAUCCCCAUUGCAGAGUGCACUGGCAUCAGCGCCACCAAGUGUGACAUCACAGAAGACAUCUCGGCCACUGUGCCGUACAAUCUACGGGUCCGCGCAGCUCAGGGGACGGAAGUUUCCCGCUGGGCCACUCUCAACGGGCUUUUCAAUCGUGUCACCACAUCCCUCAUUCCACCUAUGCUGACUGUCCUGGCUGAUGGGCAUCACUUGCUUGUAGAACUCGAGUACCUGGGACCUGCCUUUGAAUUCUUAGUACUCUACUGGAAGAAGGGCCAUGAAUACCAGGUGUAUGACAAAGUUGUGAGAGACAGCAACACCACCAUUCACUUGCAGACCAUGGAAGCGGGGUCCGAGUACUGCGUCAAAGCACAAACCUAUGUGGAGGCCAUCAACCGCAGCAGCAAUUUCAGCCAGGUGCAAUGCGUGAAGGCUGCAGACAGCAAAGCCUUUUCGGUGAUGUUUGCCCCAAUCUUCUUUGUUGCCUUUGUGGUGGUCAUUUUUAUUCUUUUCUUACUGGGCUGGAAAACCUGCCAGAUCUGCCAGUAUUCCUGUUGCCCAAAUGAGGGUCUUCCGGACACUUUGAAACUAACAGAAUCACCAGCCGGGAUACUGAACUACAGAGGAGAGGAAGCCGAGAAGUGUGACAUGUCCGUGCACGUGCAGCCGCCUGAGGAGCUGCUCCGCUUUUGGAUCCAUGAAGCGCUCUAACAUCCCACUUGAACACGCAGCCUGCAAAAUGAGGCAAAAGAUCCUGCUCUUCAAACUGUGCUGAGCCACGCAGCUUCCUUUUUGUUAGAGACAUGUCGGAUCAAGACAGGAAAUCCAGGAUAAACGUUCUUCCAAAGGAAAGCACCAUGUGAUCAACCGUGGAUCCCGUGCUGCAGGUAUGGCAAGGAAGCUGGGAGAUGAUCUACUCACUGUGUUCGACAACCUGAGCCCAGCUCAUGAACAAAACAGACAAGAAUCUAAUUUGUGGCUCACAGAUCUCCCUUGCAAAACCAACAUCAUGUUUGCAUUCGGACUGAAUAUUAUCCAUGGAGGGCAGAAGUGUGAGAAUGGGCGCUGCUACAGAAGUGAGUCCCCAUGCACCACCAUGUACUAAUUGGUCUCGGACAUAAAAAGAAAUGUAGACCUUUUUUUUUUCCUUCCACAGGCAAUUAAAAAAAUAAAAAUUACUACUUUGCGCACAAAA